AUGAGAUCUGUCCUUCCUUUUACUCUAGGCCUGGCAUGGCUCGCCCAAGCCGCGGUCAUCCCUAACUUGGGAACUGAACUUGCAGCACGCGAUGCCGAAGUAACCACCGAAGCUACUACUGGAUACCGCUCUGUGGCCUACUUCGUGAACUGGGCAAUUUACGGCCGAAACUACCAGCCUCAAAACCUCCCUGCCGACAAGCUCACCCAUGUCCUGUAUUCCUUUGCCAAUGUCCGCUCUUCCACUGGAGAGGUCUAUCUGUCGGACACCUAUGCAGAUACUGAUAAACAUUAUCCCACUGAUUCCUGGAAUGAUGUCGGCAACAAUGUCUAUGGCUGUGUCAAACAGUUGUACCUGCUCAAGAAGGCGAACAGAAAGCUCAAGGUGCUUUUGUCAAUUGGUGGCUGGACUUACUCUGCCAACUUUGCGGGACCGCUCGCUACCGAUGCUGGAAGACAGCUCUUUGCUUCCUCUGCUGUGCAGCUUGUGAAGGAUCUCGGGUUCGAUGGGUUGGAUAUUGACUGGGAGUAUCCUUCCGACCCAACUCAAGCUGCCAACAUGGUAUCUUUGCUUCAACUCGUGCGCUCGGCUUUGGACACCUACAGUGCAACAUACGCUCCUGGUCACCAUCUUUUAUUGACAGUCGCAUCUCCAGCUGGCCCAUCUCACUAUGAACCAAUGCUCCUGGCCCAAAUGGACAAGUACCUCGACUUCUGGAACCUGAUGGCCUACGAUUACUCUGGCAGCUGGGACACAAUUGCCGGCAACGAUGCGAACAUCUACGCUUCCACCGCCAACCCAGCAAGCACCCCAUUCAACACGGACCAAGCGGUAAACUACUAUAUCGCGCACGGGGUUGCCGCAAACAAGAUCGUCAUGGGUAUGCCACUCUACGGGCGCUCAUUCACAAACACGAAUGGUCUAGGCCAAAGCUUUAACGGUGUUGGCAGCGGUAGCUGGGAGAACGGAGUGUGGGACUACAAGGCGCUGCCCCAGGCGGGCGCGACAGUUCACAGUCUCGAUCAGGAAGUUGCAAGCUACAGUUACGAUUCCUCGUCUAAGACACUUAUCAGCUACGAUACCCCUGCGGUCGCGCAGAAGAAGGCCCAGUAUAUCAAGUCCAAGGGACUGGGUGGUGGUAUGUGGUGGGAGAGCAGUUCCGACAAGACUGGAGCCGACAGUCUGAUUACUACAGUCGUUACCGAAUUCGGCGGUGUCGGUGCUCUCGAUCAGAGCCAGAACCAGCUUAGCUACAAGGGCUCCAAGUACGCCAAUAUGGCUGCUGGGUUCCCAUCCAGUUAG